GCUUUACAUUGUGCUGUAGUCUCGUCACACGUUACCCUGUUUCAGAAAAGCGUCCACUUCCCUGUUUUUGGCUGAGCGCUCAGAUAAAUCGGCCGUGCCACUUCAUAAACCUGUUGGCGCAGAGCUUGUCAAGAUGUUUGUGUGAUUUCUGUGAUUUCAAACUCGUGGACUCGUGGAGGGAUAACUUCUACAUGAUGUUCGAAGUUUCAGAAUGAAGUUGGAUCUAAACGUCUCCAACAUGUCCCUGGAGUCUGAUGCCGCGAGGCCGGAGCAGGGCCCGGUGGAGUACCGCAUGGCAGGCCUGAUCUUCUACUGCUUCGUGUUCGGCAUAGGAGUCAUAGUGAACUUCACAGCUUUGUGGGUGUUUGCCCUCACCACCAAGAAGAUGAACUCCGUCACCAUCUACAUGAUAAACGUGGCGGUGGUGGACCUCACCUUCAUCCUGCUGCUUCCCUUCAGGAUGGUCUACCACCACCAGGACUACUGGCCCUUUGGAGAUAUCUUCUGCAGGGUCAGCUCGGCUCUCACCAUCUUCUACCCCUGCAUGGCUCUGUGGCUGUUCGCUCUGAUCAGCGCCGACCGCUACAUGGCCAUCGUGCAGCCGAAGCACGGCAAAGAGCUGAGGAACGUCCCGAAGGCCGUGGUGGCGAGUGUCGGGGUGUGGCUCAUGACUCUGGGCUCCACCGUGCCCCUGCUCUUCUCUGAGAAAGACCCCGACCGCAUCUCCAACUACACCACCUGCAUCAAGAUGCAAGACAUCAUCUACAUGCGCCACGACAACCCCGUGAACUUUGUGCGACUCAUCUUCUUCUUCCUGCUUCCCAUAUGCAUCAUGAUUGGCUGCUACAUCGUGAUCGUGGACAAUCUGGUCCACGGCCGCACCUCGAAGCUCAAACCAAAAGUGAAGCAGAAGUCCAUCCGGAUCAUCAUCACGCUGAUCAUUCAGAUGUUGGUGUGUUUCGUGCCUUUCCACGUGUGCCUGGUGAUCCGCCUGCUGGGGAAAGGUGAAGAUGGCGGGUUCAGCACGUGGGCGGUCUUCACCACGUUCCUGAUGAACCUGAGCACAGUGUUGGAUAUCAUUCUCUACUACAUCGUCUCCAAGCAGUUCCAGGACAGGGUGAUCAGCGUGAUCCUGUACAGGAACUAUCUGAGGAGCGUGAGACGCAAGAGCAGGCACACACACACGGGCAGCGUCCGAUCAAUGAGCAACGUGACCAGCGCCAUGAUAUGAAACCGAGCCAUCAAAGUCUUCACGUAGACGACGCAGCGUACUGUGCACAAUGUAACACUGAAUGCAUCACUGUGUACAUGGUUCGUUAUCAAAAGGAUCAAAACUUGCAAUUAAUUUCCAAGGUGUAAUUUACACUCACAGUAUGGAGUGCUGCUGUUGUGGCAAAAACAUCUGUGUUCAGAGCUGAUUGACUCACCCAUGAGACUUGAGAUGUUUUCUGUGCAUCUUUGCUCCGGCAGACAAAGCACGGGGAUCCGCGGCUCAGGUGUGAUACAUGCAGGCAUGAAUAAAGCUUCUAAUCAUUAAACAAAACACAGCUUACAGUAUCGCAGUGUUUGCUUUAUUAGUACACAGCACAAACACCCGAGCUCUUCUCGGCCUUGUCAGCCAACAUCUAUAAAGGUGACCUGGCUUGCUGCGUGUGGGGGAGACGUACAGGAAGCGACGGUGGGUUUCUAACUGCAGCUUUUCGUUCGGUGGCUGCAGGAUCUUUGCAGACUUCACGUCUGAGGCACCUCACGCCUUCGACUGCUGCAUGAUGUCAUGCACACGGGCUGCAGAUAAACUUUCCCUGUCGUAUUUGUGGUGUCAAAGCCGAGCCACUCGAUACAGGGCAAUAAUUAGAACAUUCACACACACACACACACACACACACGCUGCUGUAAACAUACCGACCAGGUGAUGGCAGCAUGGCACAGCUAGAUCCCAUCUACCUGCCAAGAGCAAGACAAACCGGUGCUGUCUGUACCUCUGAAGUGGAAACUGCUACAUCUCUGACUCAAACUUCUUCUUUAUCUAUAUAUAUGUAUAUAUUUUGCACUUUUCAUCCCGCCUCGUCGCAGAGAAGUUGUUAACUACAGUCAUAACUGCUUCCUCGGCCACGAAUCAGACUGAAGUGUGUUUAUGGUGCAAUGCGAAUCGUAUUGAUUAGAUGUUAAAUGAUUCAGUCACUUAAAGUGCAUUUACAGUAACAUCCUCGAGAGAUGUCAAGCGCGGCUAUUUACUAGAUUUAAAGCAACCUUAACCUGAAAAGAGGAAAAAACCUGCACAGGGAAACUUUAACGCCGCAGAAAUCCUGCAGUUUAUCCUCAGUUUAUUCCUCAAGUGACAGACGAGUGAUGAGUUAGAGCGUUCUGAAUGUUUAAAUGAAGGAGUCCGGUGUCCUUCACAAACAUCAACCCAGGCUAAGAAUUGAUUUGCUGUUUCCAAUUGCUAAAAUAAUCAAGUUAGUGUGUCUGUCACGCCGACACGGUCUUAACCGGAUUAGACAGUGAGUCAGUGUAGCUGAGUAACUACGUAGUGUCUCAUGCAAUUAGACAGCCGAGGCACCCUGUGGUGUAACCACAUGCACCAUAGCAGUUAUCGUAUGGAUGAUCAAUCGCAAACACAAUCCAAUAAAGAGCGUCGUAAAGAGGUGCUGGCUCUCACUCGGGUUGGUUAGUUAAAGGUUAGACGAUGGUUCUUUGCCGGUUUGGGCGCGGUUCAAAGGUCGAGAGGUGUCCAGACUUCAGGGUCACGGUUAGAUUUACGCCGUUUAGGCUACAAGAUUUCCAUCUCACGUGGAAUUCUGGGAAGUGCGGUUCAUCACACGAUGAUAGGUUUAUUGGCCCGGUUUAGACUACAAGUGGAUUUAUAACGGAGAGGUCAAAGGUCAAAUGAAACAUCAGAGAGUCAUCUAUCUGUCCCACCUGUUAGGCAUCAAAGAAAAACCAGCCACGCUGCUCACAGCAACUGGCAUUUAAAACAAUUAAGUUUCCUGUCAAGUCCCUGUGAUGAAUUAUCCGGAAGCUUUACCCGCUGUAAUUCUAAAUCUUCCCAACAAGUGCCUUUGUUGUAGAGAAAUUAAUGAAAACAAGAUUGUCUUUCAUAGGAGCUGAUCUAACAGCGCGACAGCCAGCUGCUCUUCUUUGGGAAUAAAAACAGUCAGCAUUAAACACAGCUCGCACAAAAUACUUUUUUUUUUUUUUUUUUCUUAGCACUCGUGUGGAAAACAAAUCAGGCGGCGAGCGCACUGGCCAUCUGUUUUGUUAUUUGAUAUGUGUGAAUACAUGUUGUAAUGACUUUGUUUGUGAAUCACUCUCCGCGGCAGAACACACGAGAGCUCUCGAAGUGCUGGAGUGUUCAAAGCUAAUCAUAUAAUUGGACACAAUAGUCGAUGACAAAUGGAGACGCUUGGAGCCAGCCAGCUGGGGAAGUGAAUAUGUAAUCAUUGUAAAAUCAUAUCAUUUUUGCAUAUUUGAAGACAGCUUAAUAGAGUUUGCAUGUCAGCACACUAUCAAAUGAUGAUCAGAGGCAGCGUGGCUGUAUUUGUUUUUCUAAAUAGCGCUUUGUUGGACUAUUUAUCUUUAUCACGAUUUAAAAAAAAACGUGUU